AGGAGGAGAACCACCGUGCAGAACCCGUUAACACACACACACACACACGCAUACACAAGCAUAGACUACCCCUAUAGAUCACUACACACCGCUCAAUAGACAGCCCAUCGCUUCGACAUAGCAAAAACACUCAACCAGGGCAACACACCCAUGAAACCGUACAUCUGGCCCUCCGACGACGAGGCACCGCCUGUCUCCGCGCGCCGCACCUUUCCUCGCCAAUCCCGCGCCAACCGCGGCACCCUGAACCUCUUCGCCCCUGACCCAGCAGAUCCCGCCGAACUCCCCGCCGGCAGCGCCCACCAACGCGGCGCCCCGUCCCCCAUCACCGGGCAGCGCAGCCUUCAUUACGGCAACCACAAUCGGGAGUCCACCGCGACGAGGGAGUUCCCCACGAAUGGGCUGCGCCGCGUUCCGCUGCCGUCGCGCUGCGAGACGCCGCACGGCAUCCGCCACGUCCGCGACGCCGCCGGCGCUGGGCAAAGCGUGCAAGUUGUGAACAUCACAGCCGCCUACCGAGACCCAGCGCAGAUGGCUCCGCUAAAGACCGGGGUGCGGUGCGUGCCGCUGAAGGCCGCCUCCGACGAGGUGGGGGCCGCCCUGGCGUACGCCGGCACCCGGCAGCAGCUCUCCGCACGCGUGCUGAACGCACCGGUCGGCAAGGUGGCGCAGCCGUCCCCCUUCACGGUUGAUUACUCCCCGCAGGCGAAGUUUGCGCAGGCGGUGCGCGAUCACGCCCAGCAGCGAGCCCGCGGUGUCGCGGAGUUCUACGUUCAACUCACGCGCAACGCCGUCGGUGGCGUGACGAGCAGCACGCCGAAGCCGACGGUUGUGCCGUGGACGCUGGAUGGGACGCCGCCGCGGCGGGUGCUGACGCUGGGCCGGUGCUGCGACCAACUCGUCGCGCUCACCUCCAUGCCGAUUGCGUUGCGCGACCUUGCGGGGCUUCUGUGGGGCUCCAAUGCAGAUCGUGAGAACAGCGAUGCGGAGGAAGGAGCGGCGGCGCCGUUAGAAGACAAGGAGGUGUCGUUUCGAGAUUUCGCAGCGACUUUUGCCCAAAACUCAAGCGACGGCCGUCUCGCGCAGAUGAAGAUAUAG